AUGGCUACAACAGGUAAGUUGAGGCGUGUGUUUGAUGGUGACGGGCUGCUUGAUGGGGAGGAGUUCCUGAGGCUGGUGCGUGAGACGGAGUCCGGCCAGGAGGAAGAGGGAGACAGGUGCAAGGAGGCGUUCGGGAUGUACAAGAUGGAAGGGAGGGGCUGCAUCACCCCACACAGCCUCGAGCUGAUGAUGAGCAGGCUGGGGCUGCACCUGAACGUUGACGAGUGCCAGGCCAUGAUCCGCCGGUUCGACCUCAACGGCGACGGGGUGCUCACCAUUGACGAGUUCAAAACCAUGAUGAUGAUGAUGGCAUGA